GCGCGGGGUCCAGACUCGAUCGACUCCCGGCGGGACCGCGACACGACCGCCGCUGCCGCCCUUCUCCGGCCGUUUCCUUUCCCCCGCAACCCGCGAGCGAGCGGACGCAGGGAGCCGAGGCCUGGCGUGCGGGGUGCCAUGGAAGGGGACGCGGCGGGAGUGGAGACACUGUCCGGCUGAGGCCGAGGCAUGCGGAGCCACGGUGGGAACCUGCUCCCUACGCUGCCCCGGGUCUUGCAGCACGCCGGUCGGACGGGCGUCGUGGAGCAGCCGGGCCGCUGGGCACCGGGAGGGGACAGCUCGGAGGACCGCCUUCCCCGCGGGGGCGGGGCCAGCGCGGCGGCAGCAGCGGCGGCGGCGGCGGCGGCGGCGGCCUCGGGCGCCCUGCUCGGCGCCUAUCUGGAGCGCCACGGUCCGCCCGCGGCCUCGGACUUGCCGGCGCCGGCCGGGGCGUUGGCAGGCGGCCCCGGGAGCGGCGGCGGCGGCGGCGGCGGCGGAGUGGUGGUCGGGGUGGCCGAGGUGAGAAACUGGCGCUGCUGCUGCCUCGGCAGCACCUGUUGGUGCCGGAGCCUCGUGCUGGUGUGCGUGCUGGCCGCCCUGUGCUUCGCUUCCCUGGCCCUGGUCCGCCGCUACCUGCAGCACCUCCUGCUCUGGGUGGAGAGCCUCGACUCGCUCCUCGGCGUCCUGCUCUUCGUCGUGGGCUUCAUCGUGGUCUCCUUCCCCUGCGGCUGGGGCUACAUCGUGCUUAAUGUGGCGGCCGGCUACCUGUACGGCUUCGUGCUGGGCAUGGGACUCAUGGUGGUGGGCGUCCUCAUUGGCACCUUUAUCGCUCAUGUGGUCUGCAAGCGGCUACUCACCGCCUGGGUGGCCGCCAGGAUCCAGAGCAGCGACAAGCUGAGCGCCGUUAUCCGCGUCGUGGAGGGAGGAAGCGGCCUGAAGGUGGUGGCGCUGGCACGGCUGACUCCCAUACCUUUUGGGCUUCAGAAUGCAGUGUUUUCGAUUACUGAUCUCUCCUUACCCAACUAUCUGAUGGCAUCUUCAGUUGGACUGCUUCCGACUCAGCUUCUGAAUUCUUACUUGGGUACCACACUACGGACGAUGGAAGAUGUCAUCGCAGAGCAGAGUGUUAGUGGAUAUUUUGUCUUUUGUUUACAGAUUGUUAUAAGCAUUGGCCUCAUGUUUUAUGUAGUCCACCGCGCUCAAGUGGAAUUGAAUGCAGCUAUCGUAGCCUGUGAGAUGGAACUGAAAAGCUCUCUGGUUAAAGGCAAUCAAUUGAAUCCCAGUGGCUCUUCCUUCUACAACAAGAGGACCCUCAUGCUUUCUGGAGGUGGAAUCAAUAUUGUCUGAUUCUUACGGACUGUGAUUGUUGAGAGCCUAGUGUGCUCUAGCAGUCACUUACAUGACGGCAGAGACAAGUGCUGUUGUAUUAUGGCACAAACGAAACUGACUAGUUUUUAAAUUGCACAAUUUUCUAAAAGCAAGAGUCAUUUUCUGGGUCUGUCAAUGUAAAUGUAGAUGCAGCUCUGGCUGCCCCUUGUUAUACCUGUAAUGGCCUAUAGGUGUGCACUUUAGAGUUUUUGAAUUAUUUUAUUGCUGGGACUUAUGAACAGAGAAAUAACCCAAAUAUUUUCUUUUCUGUUUAGUACCUUUAUUUAUAAAGCCCAUGGAUAGUUGUUUGCAUCUGUCUUUAAAGAUGAGUAAAAGUAUACAGUUCUCAGUGGAUCUUGUUGGAUGUUCUUUGCUUAGGCAUUCUGUCCAGAAGGGUAAACUGUUUGGUUUAUUGUUCACUUGUUUGUUUCAAGCAAAAAAACUCUGCUUUAUUUUCCUUACUUGUAAGAAAAUAGCUAUAUUUUAGUUGAAUGUAUGUUAUCCAGCAUUAUGUCACUGUGGGUCAUUUACACCUUUCGGUACAAGUGUAAAUCCUACAUUGUGGGACUGAAGUGCUCUUAAGACCCCUUUUAUUUUCACUGUGUAAUAUGCAAAGUGAAAGGGACAUUAUUUAGCAGGUGGCUCACAAGUUGAGCCUGCAUUCUUAUUUGAUUAUAUUGGUUUCACCCAUUAGACCUCAUCCAAGGGCUGUCCGAUAGCACUCUUACCAAACCAUUUCCCCCUUUUAUAUUAAUAAUUAGGCUUUGAAAUAAACUUAUUCCUAUAAAAUGGUGGGCUUACCAUCUCUGACGUUGUCAUUCAGGUGGCCUUGUUUAGUCAAAACGCCUUGUUAAAAAGAAACAAGCUUUAAAAUCAUGUUUAUAGUUUGAGUAAAAUAAUUAUAUAUAUGUCCCCAUAGUUUUGAGCUUUAAAACUAUAAACAUUAACAGAAGCCCACAUUUGUGCUGUCUGCUGUAUUAUUGCUGUUUUGGUAUUCCUUUUCCCUGAUGAGACUCAGGGAUUCUGAGAUGUGAAAUUGUCCCAGUUCUUUUUCUUGUAGCAUGUGUGUUUGCUAACAGCACUUAAGACUUAGCCUGUAGCAAUCCAACAUGACUCAUAUGGCGUGCGCUCAUUUAUCAGCUUUAUUUUUCAAACAGUUUAAUUGCAAACUUAAUGACGAGUUAAUUUUGUUUGUUGCAAAUGAGACUGCAAUGCUACGGAAACGUUUUCUGUUAAGGACUUCACUUUUCUAUGACUGUUCCAACCUAUCAGCGCUCUCUGCUCUCUCCACUGCCUUUUCCUGGCAGUAAACCUUUGCCCUGGCUACUACUGACCUCCAGAGGAAUCCUGCGCAAGCAGAUUUUUCUAGUCUUGAUACCAGAGAUGAAUUUGAUUGUGUUCACACACAAAGUUUUUGCCCAGUUCAUGAAGGUGGUUUUCCUUCCCUUGCUGAUGCGUAAAUUCCUCUGCCUCUGAGUAGCAGUAGAAGACCAGAGUAACUGUGACGAAAGGCGCCUGGUCUACAGUGCAUGCCUGGCCUCCAGACCUUUGUUAUCGGUAGAAAACCAACUGUCUAUACUGAGUCCUUACUGCCUAUUUAGUUAAGUUUUAUUUAGCUUAACCAUCCCAAUAAAAGAAAUAUUUGAUUUAUUCUUUUUAGUACAACUUGGCAACGUUUUUCUUGUGUUUCUCAUUGGCUAUUUUUUGUUAAAGGAAUCUUUAUUUGAGAUCACUGUUUUCCUGCUUGCUUUACAGCUCAUGUACUUUGAAAUGCAUUAUAUUUACUUAGCAUUUGUAACUUGAACGACUUCACCAAAUGAGUACCCUUUGGUAAUUUGUAAUAACUUCUUCCAAAUGUUAACACUUUCCCUGGUAACUGUAUUACAUAUGUAAAGACAAAAGAAAUAAUUUUCUGUAUUCUGCCAAUCAUAAUUUUAUAUAAUAAAUCAUCAACUUUUAUAAUAGUAUGGAUUGACAGUUUCUAAAGU